AUGUUUAUCGGCAGGAGUGUGCACACGCUGCAGUGGGGGAGAGGCCACCUCAAGCGCACGUGCAUGUGGAGGCAACUCAUGUGCAACUAUUCCAGUAAAGAAAAGGUGAGUAGCAAAAUAUACACGCAGAAGAAGAUCACGAAAAGGGAGAGGCUCCUAGGCACAGUCAAGCCGUUCGUAGACGAAAGUUGCGACAGAGCAGAGCCGUAUGUAAUAGCGUACUAUUUAAACAACCCAAUCAAUUUGUCAGCCCUGAAAAGCGCAUACGAAAAAGUGGGGUCGCAAGUGUUGUACAAAGAGCCCUAUUUGUACGUGGAAAGUUGUGCAUAUUUUAACCAACAAGAUAGUUCAGCAGUAUUCUUUAAAAAUGGGUGCAUGGUCAUAUGGAGCAUGAAUAAGCAAAACAGAAAUAAAUUCUUUCACUUCUGCAGACCAUUUCUAAACCUAACAGGAAGUAACAUUGAGAAUUAUGACUUUGAAGAGUUGCAAGUAGAAAAUAUAAGUAACAAAAGUUACGUGAAUAACUCGGUGAUUUAUUUGACUUCAAAUAAUUACAGGACGACGGAUAAGAUAGCCAUUUCUUUUGGGCUUCUAAGUGCCGUCCGAUUAAAUAAUUUAGAAAAGAAAAUUGAGAAAAAAUUAUUUUACGAAAAUGAUCAUAUCGAAAAUUUAAAAAAGAAAAUCAAGUCAAGUAACUUAGACUUUUUAUCAAAGCAAUUAUUUACCUCCAAAGUUACUCUGCACAAUUUGCGAUAUGAAUUGAAUAUUGACCAGGACAUUCUGGACGUCCCAGAAGCGCUGUGGGAACUGGAGUAUCAGAAAAAGCUGUUCUUAAACAUCCUACACAUUUUUGAUAUAAAGCAGAGGGUUGAUUUACUCAAUCAUAGACUGAGUUGGACUUUGGAUUAUUUGAAUUCCUUCUUGGACUACGUAAAUCAGAAGCACUCCUCCCGUUUGGAGCGCAUCAUCAUCGUCAUAAUUGGCCUCGAGCUUGUGCUCGGCAUUAUGCAGAUGGUUAACACGAUUCGGUUGUAG